GCCUGAGAGCUAGUGGUGUCAGAGUGUCAGGUGGUGUCCUUAGAAAAAAAUAAUCAAGUAGGCUAGUAGCUUUGGUUUUUAGUGGAUCUGGUUUAGCUAAAACGUCAUGAAACUCACCGACGAAGAUCUUCGCUUGUUAGAAUUUCCCACCCAUGAAAAAUACCUUCAAAGUCUCGUUACCACCCAGGAUCUCAGAUACCUCGGACACAAACACAAUGGUCUAAGAUUGUACCAAACAGGAUAUAGAUCAUUGACCGAGUCAGCUUUCCAGAGCCGAAGAAAUGAAAUAACUGACUUUCUGUAUGCAACCCAGGAUCCGAAUGUAUAUUUCAGUAGAAAUCUGCGCACCACGGAUCCACUGUUGAGUGAGCUUGCAACUAGAGAACGGCCAAACCGUCUCGGUUUGUUAUCGACAAUAAUCUACAUUCGCUAUUUACGGAAAAAUGCUGAAAUAUCUGGAUACAUUGACUACGAGCAAGCUCUCCUGCGGGUCAAUAAAGACAAGGAAAACUCUCUAAAUUGGAAAGCGAUCUUCCAGGGAAAGCAAGUUCUCUAUCCUACCAAGUAUGAUCUUUCGUACUACAACUCCCGAACGGACAGGGUUUUCAAUAGAAACUCGAAAAAUUACAUUGUUUUGUGUGAUCCCGUUCGUGGAAUCAUAUUUCGGAACACGUAUGACCGGAAGGAUAUCUACCCGGACCCGAUUGGAGGCUUUUUCGGAACUAAUACAACUCGUUUGGAAAUCGACAGUGAUGUACAUGAGCAGGUGGUGCUGUACGAUCAUGUAGUUAGGAAAAAUUAUUGAAUAAAAUACUUAGUUUUUAGUGGCUGCCACU